UGCUGAUGGCUUUGCCAAGUUUAAAUCAGGUUGCUGCAGGCGCCAGGUUCUUCAGAGCUAGAAAUGGACGCAGAGGUAGAAGGCAGUUGUUCCCAGACAAGGUUUUUAUUAGGGCCUUUUACUUCAGAGGGAAAGGGGAAACCGCAUGGAGGUUUGGGGGCACGCGGGAGAGGAGUGACUCUGUUGCUUCCUACUUUCUACAUUGAGGAAGUAAGGCGAUGCCACUUAGCACGCAGAGAGGACUUGAGGCGGUGGUGUGGUCCUGAUGAUGCCAGUGUAUUCAAGAAGGUUCAUAUACGCUGGGAUGACUAAUGUUACUUAUCAACCUGACUACAUCUAGAAGUAACCAAUAUCGAAGCAGGAGGGAUUUUUUUGGGGGGGCGGGGGUUGUUACUUGAGAUCUGAAGACCCACCCUAAAUCUGGGCCACACCUUCUGGUGGCAGCCUACAUAAAAGGACAUAGAAGAAGGAGGCUUUUGUCUUUCGCCUUCUCACGUUCAUUCUCACUGGCAAGUUCAUCUCUCCUGCUCCCGGGACAUUCCUUUGCUGGUAUUAGAACCUGCUUCUUCAGGAUUCGAACGUAGCUCUCUGGGACCUCCCUGGGACUCGAGCACCACAUUGAGGCAGCUGACACAUUUGGUCUGUGGACAGCUACUGGAUCUUUGGCCUUUCCACCAGGACACAGCCACUGUUGGACUACUUGGACCACGGCCUCUCUUACAGCCUCGAAAGCCAAGAGAUGCCUAAGGAGCACCCAGAGAUGGUUGUGCUGGGGGCACCCCAAGUCUCAACUUCUACAACAACCACCACUAUCAACAUGCCUGGUGAGAUCUCCCAGCCCGAUCAUGUGAUCUGGUCCACGUUCAAUGCACUCUUCUUGAACUUCUGCUGCCUGGGCUUCAUAGCGUAUGCCUACUCUGUGAAGUCUAGGGACAGGAAGAUGGUGGGCGAUAUGACUGGGGCCCAGACCUACGCCUCCACUGCCAAGUGCCUCAACAUCUGUGCCAUGGUCUUCAGCAUCUUUACGACUAUUGUCUUCAUCAUUGUUUUCAUCUACACAUUAAGCACCUUGCAGAAUUUUGGCAGACGAUAAUCGGUUCCAGAGGCUUCUAGUCCUGCCUUGUGUUCCGCUGUCUACAAUCGCCCCACACCCUACUCUUAGUCCUGACCCUUUACCCCCCACAUACGCAAUUGUUACCCUCACACAUCUGUCCACAGUGGAUUCAAUAAAGUGCAUGUGCUGGCCUCUG